AUGGGGCUCGCUCAACCAAAAUCAAUGGGAAUCAAAGCAGGGACGAGUCGGCCAGAGCUGCUCCCCUGCCGCUGUGGGGUUUGGGGGUGGGAUAUCGGGGGUCUCUCCAGUCGUGCCUCCCCCUUCACCCCCCCAUUCUGCCCCCCCAGGUGCAUCGAUCAGAAGUUCAAGCGCUGCCCUCCCCUCCCCACCACCAGCGUGGUGAUCGUGUUCCACAACGAGGCCUGGUCCACCCUGCUCCGCACGGUCUACAGCGUCCUGCACUCGUCCCCGGCCCGCCUGCUCCGAGAGGUCAUCCUGGUGGACGAUGCCAGCACGGACGAGUACCUGAAGGAGGAGCUGGAUCGCUACGUGGAGCAGCUGCAGAUCGUGCGUGUGGUGCGGCAGCGCGAGCGCAAGGGGCUCAUCACGGCACGGCUGCUGGGGGCCAGCGUGGCCAGCGGGGAGGUGCUGACCUUCCUGGAUGCCCACUGCGAGUGUUUCCACGGCUGGCUGGAGCCUCUCCUGUCACGCAUCGCCGAGGAGCCCACGGCCGUGGUGAGCCCCGACAUCGCCACCAUCGACCUCAACACCUUCGAGUUCUCCAAGCCCGUGCAGAACGGGAAGCAGCACAGCCGGGGCAACUUCGACUGGAGCCUGACCUUCGGCUGGGAGGUGGUUCCGGCGCGGGAGAGGCAGCGCAGGAAGGAUGAGACCUACCCCAUCAAAUCCCCGACCUUUGCAGGUGGCCUCUUUGCCAUCUCCAGGUCCUACUUUGAGCACAUCGGCUCCUACGACGACCAGAUGGAGAUUUGGGGGGGUGAGAACGUGGAAAUGUCCUUCAGGGUGUGGCAGUGCGGGGGACAGGUGGAGAUCAUCCCCUGCUCCGUCGUGGGCCACGUGUUCCGCUCCAAGAGCCCCCACACCUUCCCCAAGGGCACCCAGGUGAUCUCCCGCAACCAGGUGCGCCUGGCCGAGGUCUGGAUGGACGACUACAAGGAGAUCUUCUACCGCCGCAACCAGCAAGCCUCUCAGAUGGCCAGAGAGAAGACAUUUGGUGACAUCACAGAGCGGCGCAGGCUGCGGGAGCGGCUGCACUGCAGGAAUUUCACCUGGUACCUGCAGAACGUCUACCCCGAGAUGUUCGUGCCCGACCUGACCCCGACGUUCUACGGAGCG